UAUCGCUAGUAGAGUAAAUUUAUUUUACUCUAAUAAUCUAUGGGUAAAUGGAGAGAGGACUGUCAGCCUCCGAGUGUCCUGUUUGUUAUAACUCCUUGGGAGUAAAGAGAGUACCUUAUUCUCUGUCUUGUGGGCAUACGCUGUGUGGUCUGUGUAUCAAGGAACUGGGUAGAGGGGUUGAGUCCUUCCCGUGUCCUCUAUGCAGGGAGCUCUCUCGAGUGGAGAGUGUAAAGAGGAAUGUCACUUUAUUGCAACUAAUAUCACAACUGUCUCAUGGUAUUGGCCCUGUCUCUCAGUCUCUCUCAACUCCUUUUGAUUCCAUUGAGUUGGGACGUCUUCUUGAUCGGGGAGCCAGUGGGGAGGUAUAUAGAGGUACCUGGCAGGGAAAUGAUGUAGCUAUAAAGGUGUUCUCAUCAGGCCAGUUAUCAUCUGAGGCUCAUGAUUCCUUCAAGCGAGAGGUGUGUAUCAUGAAUACUCUGAGACACCCAAAUGUUGUAUUGCUACUGGCAGCCUCCCCCUCUCCUCCUAAACUAGCGAUUGUCAUGGAGUAUGUGGGGGGCGGGUCACUCUACUCCCACCUCCAUAUUGACAAGACGAUAUUCUCAGUUGACGUCAUUGCUCAAUUAUUAGCCGACAUUACAAGAGGCCUACAGUACCUUCAUUCCAUCAAUAUACUACACCGAGACCUCAAGAGUAAGAACGUCCUCCUCACUAACCCUCCUCCAUUGUGUAAAGCUAAACUCUGUGACUUUGGACUAGCUAGAAUGAGACUGGAGAGUGCAACCAUGACAGGUAAUGUGGGUACUGUACAUUGGACGGCUCCUGAAGUACUCAAUUGUGGUCGGUAUCAUUUCUCAGCUGAUGUGUACAGUUUUGGGAUGGUGUUGUAUGAAAUGGUGACUCGCUCCAUUCCAUUCUCUCACCUCCCGCCUCCAGCUGUCAUUGUGGCGGUACUCAUCAGAAGAGAAAGACCUUCUCUUAGCAGCGACUGCCAUCAAACGUUCAGGACUCUCUUUGAAAAGUGCACCUCCUGGGACCCAGUGGACAGACCUUCUCUCUUGUCAAUAUUACGUGACCUGAUGCUCCUCCUUCCCUCCCUCUCUCUCCCUGGGACCUCGGGACCAGAAGAUGAGACAGUGUUUGAUCAUACGGACAGUUUAGGACACGUGAUGAUUGACUUUGAUGAAAAUGAUGAACAAGAUGAAGAAUUAAUGAAGUUCUUACAAGAGCAAAUGGAGUCGUCAGUUGAUGGUGAUUCUACAUUAGAAGUAUCCUCAAAUAAUGUUGAAAAUGUAUUUGAAGAUAUGCGAGGGGUCUUGUCACAGCACGAGUUAAAAGAGUAUCAUUCUUAUACUGAGGAAGAACUAGUGUCAUCCGUUUCAUCUGUUUCAUCUUACAGGGUACCUCACUUAGUCCCGGCUAAUAGUCUAAGAGGAAGUGCCGAGGAGGUGGCGAGAGUUCCCAGCCCACCUGAGGCCCAAGAAGGUUCUUUAAGAGAUGACAUUUAUGACACGGAGUCUAGUGAUCGCCAGUUGGCUGAGAGGAUACAGAGGGAGGAAAGAAAGUCUAUACUAGCUCAAGACUACAGGCUAGCGUCAGAGCUACAGUCAAGAGAAAGGUUCUCUUCGAAUUAUCAAAGACCUCCUCCUCCUCCUCCCACUCCUCCUUAUCUUCCUUUGAAGACACUCCCCACCAAAGACAGGAAGAGAUUCGUACUGUCAGAGGUGAGGAGGAAAGGACACAAAGCAGACUUGAAGCAUGUGCAACCAGUGGAGAAGAGAGCAUUCAAAGUUGGUAGAGUGAUUGAAAGUGAAAGUCCUAAUGUUGAUGAAGGGCCUAAGACUGUUUGGACUUUACAAAAAGAAAUUGCUUCAUUUUCAACAUCAUGGCUGAACAAAAUAAAGUUUAGGGAACCAAAACCAACAGUUCCUGUGGGAAGAGUGGUUACUAAUGUUCGUAAGAUGGUCAAUAGAAUUAAUUCUAAAGUUUUUGAUGAAAUUGAAUCAUUUUCUACUGAUGCACUGACUCAUGUUGUGCCUAAAGUUAAGACAAUCUUACCAACUAAAGAAGACAUACAAGCUGAGAAGUUAUCGUCUCCUGUGGCCCCACCCCCUCCAGCUCCGCCUCCUCCUGAUAAUAUUCCAAUGAAGUCUAAAGCUCCGAAACAGGUCAUUAAAACACGAGUGAUUGGUCCAGCUGCUAGUAAUAAAACUAAAAUGAAAUCUCCAACAAAGAAAUCGAUCGUACCACCAAUGCCAAGCCAAGAGACAACUUCCAUAAAAGGAAGUACGAAAUACAGUAAAGGUCCCCAUAUGAAGUUACCAGCUGUCAAACAGUACUACCACAGUGAAGGGUCUGCAGCUGCCAAGUCAAUAGUACAGGCAGUUACUAAGGGGAGGAAUGAUGAAGAUGAUGACAGUGAUGAGGACACUCUUUUCUUUGAUGCCUCCAAGAGUUGGAAUCAGUUUAGUAAAAGUAAAGUAGCCACAGGAAGAGGAGGAGAUCCAUUGUUUGAUACUGGAGACAGGAUAGAGGGAAAGACAGAGGGUGUUAGUAAAAUAGAAUUAGAGAGAACCAAAAAUAGAAAGAAAAGAGUAUUUUUUAAAAAGAAUAAGUGAUUUUAUUUUAAUAGCAGUAGAAUGUCAACUAUUAU